GGGCGAACCCUCCUUACGUUCAACUCAUUCGUAAAAUCGCAAAACCCUAGAGGGUAAACUUGGAAACUGAAAACCUCCCCACCAUUUUCCUCCAUCAAAAUAAAAUCUCCACAAACCCUACUCAAAUUUUUAGUCUCUCAGCCGCCUCCAACCCUUCGCCUUCCACAGAUCUACAUCAAACCAAAAAUGACAACUCGCUUCAAGAAGAACCGCAAGAAGCGCGGUCACGUGAGCGCUGGUCAUGGCCGUAUUGGCAAGCACCGCAAGCACCCGGGAGGUCGCGGAAACGCCGGAGGCAUGCACCACCACAGGAUCCUCUUCGACAAGUACCACCCUGGGUAUUUUGGGAAAGUUGGUAUGAGGUAUUUCCACAAGCUCCGCAACAAGUUCUACUGUCCCAUUGUCAACAUCGACAAGCUCUGGUCUUUCGUCCCACAGGACGUGAAGGCAAAAUCCAAUAAGGAUGCGGUGCCGAUGAUCGACGUGACCCAGUUCGGGUACUUUAAGGUCCUUGGAAAAGGUGUGUUGCCCGAGAACCAACCGAUAGUGGUUAAGGCUAAGUUGGUGUCCAAGAAUGCUGAGAAGAAGAUUAAGGAAGCUGGUGGUGCUGUUGUGCUCACCGCCUAGGGAUUUGAUAGUGAUUCAACCUGUUUUAUGGGAAUAGUUGUGCCCCAUUUUGCAUUCAUAUUGCAGAUGUGUUUCUUUGUAAUAAAACUAGCAGGGUAUUUACCUGAACCAUGUUCAACCCUAACACAACUCUGCAAUUGCAAGGUUUAAACAAGACUUAGGUAGCCCUGCCCCUUACAGUAGUUUGCAUUAAAGAUGCUUGUAAUGCUUUUAUCAGGCUUGCAUGCAUUUUUUUGGAGAGAUUGAUAAAUUAAUCAACUUUUUAUUGGUGAAUAAUAGAUUAAAUGAAUUGUUGUAUAUGCUGCUUGCCUACAAAUUCUUCGCCUCUCUCUUGCCAUU